ACCACACCAGCGUCUUAGUACCUCUACCGAGCUGUAAGAAAGGAAAAAAAGCUGAUGAUGAGAAGAUUCUGCUGCAGCUUCUGCUUUUUGGCUUCUCUUGCUCUUAAUCUCUUCUUCGUCAUCAAUCCAUAUUAUUUGAGUGGAUGGAAGAAGCAGAAGCUGAGUAGUUGGGCUGAAGAAGCUGCAGCAGAAGCAGAAGCUGUGGCGUUGAUAUCUUGUUCUGGGCAUGGAAGAGCUUAUUUGGAUGGAGCUGUGGUGGAUGGGAAGCCUGUUUGUGAGUGUAACACAUGCUAUGGAGGACCUCACUGCUCUCUCUUUUCUCCUGAUUGUGCUGCUGAUGUUAACAGUGGGGAUCCAUUAUUCUUGGAGCCCUUUUGGAUGCAGCACGCAGCUAGCAGCGCAGUCGUCAUUGCAGGUUGGCACAGAAUGAGCUAUACGUUUUCCGACCAUUCUUACAUCUCACGAGAACUCGAAAACCACAUUCGUAGAGUUCACGCCGUUGCAAGAAACGCAAUCACCAAAGGGAAGCACUUGAUUUUUGGUGGUGGAUCCACCCAACUCCUUGCUGCAGCGGUAUACGCUCUUUCCAUCAACUUAUCGUCCCCUGCAGAAGUCGUCGCAGCCGUCCCAUGCUACCCGGAUUACAAAACACAAACAGAUUUCUUCGAAAAUAUGCACUUUGAGUAUGAUGGAGAUGCAUUAUUGUUGAAGAAUUCGUCGGAUACAACGGCCAACGUGAUCGAGUUUGUGACUUCACCGAACAAUCCGGAUGGAAAUCUACGGGAGGCUGUAGUGUCACAAGGAGUAUCAGUCGGAGCUAUCUAUGAUCAUGCUUACUAUUGGCCUCAUUACACAGCUAUUCCAGCCCCAGCAAAUGAAGAUGUCAUGAUCUUCACGAUUUCGAAGCUCACUGGUCAUGCUGGAACCAGACUCGGAUGGGCUUUUGUGAAAGAUGAGGAUGUCUACCAGAAAAUGCUUUCAUACAUAGCAGAAGCUGAACAGGGCAUCUCAAGAGAGGCUCAACUGAGAGCUCUGAAGCUCAUGAAAACAAUUUUGAAUGGAGAUGGCAUGGAACUUUUCGAGUAUGCAUACAAGAAAAUGAGCGAUCGCUGGCGAAAACUAAGCGACAUCGUAUCAUUGUCGAAACGAUUUUCUAUCCAGGAAGUUCCAUCGUUGUUCUGCAACUUCUUUGAGAAAGUUAGAGGGCCUUCUCCAGCUUAUGCAUGGUUGAAAUGUGAACGAAAUGAAGACACAAAUUGCACUGCAGUUCUCCGGGCAGCAAACAUUAUCGGCCGCGCCGGUAGUCUAUUCAACGUGGAGGAUCGUUAUGUUCGUCUCAGUCUUUUGAAGAGCGACGAUGACUUUAACUUACUACUGCUUCGCCUCGACAAACUUGUCACUCAAGAUGACGAUCGCAAACACUAUUUCAAGAAUUCCUAAUCAAUUUCUGCAGGUUGCUUAUAUAUAUAUAGUGAAGUUGGUUUGUGUUUUAUUGAAGAGGUCAAUGUUUAUUGACCUUAAUAUAUAUGUCAAUGAAGUGGUCAUGUUUGUACAUUCAUAUGACCUUUCUCCGUACCAUAGUCAUCAAUAUUGUUGUAAUAAAUUCUUCCUAUGUAUGAAUUCUUGUAAUCAUGUUCCACAUAUCUAUGGUUGGGCAAAAUAGUGUUUUUCCUCA